AUGAGUGGCUACGACAGUGCCUUAUCGAUCUUUAGUCCUGAUGGCCAUGUGUUUCAAGUUGAGUACGCUCUUGAAGCUGUGAAGAGAGGAACCUGUGCGAUUGGUGUGAAGGGAAAGGAUGUAGUAGUUUUGGGAGCAGAGAGAAGAACAACUCUCAAAUUGCAGGAUCCUAGAGUAACUCCUUCCAAGAUAAAUAAUGUGGACAAGCAUGUGCUGCUGGCGUUUGCCGGAUUGAACGCUGAUGCACGUAUUCUCAUCGAUAAGGCCAGAGUGGAGGCCCAAUCUCAUAGACUGAACUUGGAAGACCCUGUUUCGAUCGAAUACUUGACCAAAUAUGUUGCUGGUGUGCAGCAAAGAUAUACACAAUCGGGAGGUGUGCGACCAUUUGGAAUUUCAACCUUAAUUGCAGGAUUUGACGGAAAUGACAACGUGCCUCGAUUGUACCAGACAGAACCAUCAGGUAUCUAUUCUGCAUGGAAGGCAGUUGCCAUUGGACGUAGUAGCAAGACUGUCAACGAAUUUUUGGAGAAGAACUACUUGCAAUUAGAAGAAAGCGAUGUCACUUUGGAUCGUGACCGGACGAUCAAACUAACAAUCAAGGCAUUAUUGGAGAUUGUUCAGACGGGAGCCAAGAAUAUUGAAAUUUCCGUCAUGGCUCCUAACGAAACCAUCCAACUGUCAAACGAUGAGAUAGCUGCAGUUGUAGAGCAAGUUGAGGCCGAGAAAGCUGCUGAAGCUGAGAAGAAACAGAAGAAGAAAUAG